AUCCCAUCCGCUCCGCUCCGCUCCGCUCCGGCGGUCCCUGCGCCGCCCGCAGGGUCGAGCCGAGCGCGGGGCUGCGGCCGCCGCCGAGCGCUCCGCGGAGAAGGCUCCGGAGCCGCGGCCCCCAUUAUGCUCAGCCAUGGCGUGGCUGCCGGGCGGGCUGGCCGAGCUGCGCUGGGGCGCGCUGGUCGCCCUGUUCGUGGCGGCGCUGGCCACGCUGGCCGUGUACCUGGUGCAGUACGCGCUGCUGGCGCUGCGCCGCCGCCGCCCUCCGCCUGUGCCGGCUCCCGCCGCUCCCGCUCCGCGGGACGAGCUGCUGGACGAGGGCGGCUCGGUGCUGGCCUGGGCGCUGUCGCGGGGCAGCUGGAGGCGGCAGUGGCGCCGGGCCUGGGUGGCCGCGCUGCGGGCCGAGGCGGCGGAGCGGGCGGAUUCUCAGCUGCUCACGUUUGAGGAAGAUGACCCACCAGAGCCACUUGAGCUGGCAGUUAAAGAAGUAAUUAGUGUUGUAAAGUCAGCUGAAGAGAAGGUGGUUUCUUGCAAUGUUGUGGGAGAUUCUGUAAGAUUUGUUGUCGCUGUCUCUGACCCUUCGCCCGCAGCUGCUGAACCCCGGUCCUACAGUGUGAAACUGUCUCCACUUCACUUGCAGCUCCAGCUCUCUGUGAAAGACAAAGGAGAAGAUGUCAAAGUUGAGUGGUUCCUCAUUAACACCAAUGAAAUCAACUUUGAAAUCCAGCCAGCAGUGCAGGAGGGACAGACAGCAGGGACAUGUGCAAUACCUGAAACGCUCAGAGAUGUCUUGAAGAACCUCUUUAGCUCAGCUUCUCCAUCUGUGGUGUUGAGUGUGAGGCCUGCAGAUACAAAGGAGGUUCAGAAUGUACAGAACACAAGCCUUCCCCCUCAGGGCACCAGUCCUCCCAAACCUCCAAGGGCUCACGAGCUCAAGCUGCUGGUGAAGAACAUCGCGGUAAACCCGGCCCAUCACCGUGCUGCAGGCAGCACAGACCUUGUGUGUAUAGCUCAGCUGAAUGACCCUAUGCAGAAGUUUUCCAGCUCUGUAGCCAAAAAUGCUGCACAUCCCUUUUGGAAGGAAGAGUUUAUCUUUGAACUAAGUGCCAAAUCAAAAGCAUUGCAACUGCAAAUAGUAGAAGAUGGAAAGACGGAUAGUCCUUUAUCCGGGAAGGUGACUGUACCUCUGGACUUGUUCAGGAAACAACCCUCUGGCCAGCAAAGCUUUGCCCUGAGCAGUGAGGCCAGUGAGGGCAGUUCAGAGCUGGGGCCUGGGCUGGGAUCCAUCAGUGCAGAGUUCUCUUUUAUAGAACCCAGUGAACUGAAGACAAGGCAGGUCUCUUCCCCAGUGCUGGCCACCAAGAUAGAAAAGGAUCGCACUGUGAUGCCCUGUGGGACUGUGGUCACUACUGUCACUGCUGUGAGAACCAAACCUCGCCUGGAAGGGAGGGCAUCUCCCCUGAGCACAGAUUCUCCUGUGAAAACUCCAGUUAAAGUAAAGGUGACUGAAAAGGAUUUCUCCGUUGAAGCUCUCCAUUCUCAUGGUGCUCCAGUCAGCAAAACUUUGUCAUCUUCAGACACAGAGCUGCUGGUACUGAAUGGCACUGAUCCUGUGGCAGAAGCAGCCAUUCGGCAGCUGAGCGAGUCUGCAAAGCAGAAGCUGAAGUCUCCCAGAAAGAAAAGCACCAUUAUCAUAUCAGGGGUGUCCAAGACCUCUUUAUCUCAGGACAGUGAAGCUUCACUCAUGAUGGACUAUGCUGCAGCCAUGGACAGCUCCUGUCCCAAAGAAGCAGAUCCACCCCCUGUGGAGGAAGCUGUUGCAAAACCCACCCCUGGUGAAAAGCUGCCGUUGGGUCCCUCAGAAACAGCACCUGACACUGCCCCACAGCAGAGCACCCACAAGGCCUGGGGCUUGGAGAACGGCAGCCAGCAGUGGGACACCAGCACCCUCUUAGACCAGACCUCUGAAUCCAUAUCUGGGAGCUCGCUGAGCGUUUCAGAAAGCGGGAGCGUGAAAAAAUCCAAAGGUGGGAUUCUGAAAAAAAGCGCGAAGCUCUUUUUCCGCCGGCAGCACCACCAGAAGGAUCCAGGAAUGAGCCAAUCCCACAACGACCUCGUGUACCUGCAGCAGCCCCUGUCAGAGGAGACCCGCAAGAAGGGAGGCACCCUGUCCCGGAUCCUGAGCAGGAAGCUCCUUUCCAGGAACAAAAGCAAGAGCAAACUGAACGGUGCUCCGGGAGAGCCGUACAUAUAAGAGCGGACCCUCUCUGCUGGGAUACUUGCACAUCAGUUGAGCAUUUUGUUUACAGAGCAGUGCUAGAGAAUACAAAUAUGGCUGAUGGCUUGCAUAAAAGGAUGUUCACUAAUGCAGUGGUCUUUUUUCGUUUGUUUUUCCAAAAGACGCUUUUUCUCUCUGAUGAUGAAGUUUGCUCCUCCAAGUACGAGCAGUGCUACGUUAAUCAUGGAGGCUUUGGAGAACCGUGUGGUUCAUUGUGGAAGAUGAGGGAGGAUGGGGAAUGGUGCAGGUGGGGACCAAGAAGGCCAUUGGUAUCCUGGAGUGCAUCAGGAGGAGCACUGCCAGCAGAUCAAGGAAGGUGAUCCUGCCCCUCUGCUCAGCCCUAACGAGGCACAUCUGCAGUGCUGUGUCCAGUCUGGGCUCCUCAGGACAGGAGGGACGUGGAGCUCUUGGGGCAGAUCCAGAGGAAGAUGCAAAGAUGCUGCAGGGAUGGAGCAUCUCUGGGAGCAGGAAAGGCUGAGGGAGCUGGGGCUGUUCAGCCUCCAGAGCACACACUGAGAGGGGACCUCCCCCAGGUCUGUGGGGGCUGCAGGGAGGGGGCAGAGGAUGGACCAGGCUCUGCUCGGGGGGGCCCAGCAAUGGCACAAGAGGAAUGGGCAGGAACUGAUGCCCAGCAAGUUCCACCUGCACAGGAGGAAGAACUUCUUUGCUGGGCAGUGACCCAGCACUGAACAGAUCACCCAGAGAGGGUGUGGAGUCUCCCUCACUGGGGAUAUUCCAGACCCCUCUGGACACAAUCCUGUGCAACAUGCUCUGGGAUGACCCCGCUGGAGCAGGGAGGUUGGACCAGAUGAUCCCACUGUGGUCCCUUCCAUCCUGACCCACUCUGUGGGGAGGACCCACGUGUGAGCACCUGGUUUUACAUUAACAGGGAGCUCAGAACUGAAACAUCGACCCUGGGUUACGUGACUGAACCACUGCAGAGAGCGAAGACACCACUGUGCUCCCUCACUGCAGCCUGCAAUAGUAGCAAUGCAGGGCUCAACUGAUUUUUCUAGUCAGGCUGAAAGGGAAAAAAAAAAAGAGACCCAGAUCCAGUUUGUAUUGUAAUGUGGAAACGGGUAUGUUUUCAGAAGCAGAAGGAAAAUGCUGAUUCAGAUAUCCUACUGUAAUAACUGUAGCCUGCUGUAAUAACUGCUCGGUCCAUGUAGGUGGAGAGAUGCCUUUGAUAUUAGCCAUAAAUCAAUAAAUUAUGCAAAUAUCUGUACUAGCAUAUUGUUCAAUGUUCUGUGCAGAAGUUAUGCUUAACAAAACAACCUUUUUUUUUUAAAGUCUACUUGAGUCUACUCGCAAAGAACACAUUUACCAAGUCUUAUGUGUAGCUUUCCUUCCCUGCGUGAGAAGCUGCAUUGCUGAUGCAAAAACCUGUCUUAGGGGCUCUAAUUCCUUCUCCCAAGUACUUGUUAGACAAGUAUAUUAACCAUCAUAUCAAAUGCAAAGCUAGGAGCCAUAAGUGGUAAAUAGAGCAUAGUUAACCCUACAGUGCUUUUCAUUAGCUUAUUUUACUCGCCACUCACUGAGAUCCUAGAAAACACAGUUGUGAAGAAAGCUUUUGAAAAAAUAAUAACAAUUCCCUUAGCUCACUUUCAGUUUCUAGGUCUGCCAGUGUUGUCAUGUGAUUGGUGAGUGGUUGGUCAGAUGAGUUUUUUUAACUUUUUCUCCUUGUUAAAUAUUGCAGCCGGCUCCUUUAAAUUAAAACGAAAAACUGAUGGAAGUAAAAUCAUAAAGGUUCUUGUUUUGGCUGUCAAGAGUAAAAUGACAGUCUUUCAUAAGUACCAUCUUUUGUGGUUACCUGUGUUUUUCCAUCAUCUACAUUCCUGCUGAGGACAAAGGACCAAGCCUGUUCUCUUCAGCCAAGAAAAACAUCCAUUCAUUCCACCUAAAUUACUGAAAUGAAUGGAUGAUAGAUUGGUGCCUACUUUGCCAAUAGUGAUUUUCCCCCUGGCCCCUUUCCUUCCCUUAAGCUGUCCCAACUCUUUGGCAGAUAUUUGGGCUUUCAAUUUAAACGAUUCAUCAAAAAUAGAAAGUCACGGAAGAACAGAAACACAUUUUAAAACUUCUUGAUGGACUCAAGAUUCUUUGGUAAAAUACUUGUACAGUGAAGAUCAAAGUAGAGGGGGUUUGGUUUCUUUUUGACCAGAAAAAUAUUGGAGGAACUGAGCUGUCAGAAUCCUUUAACUGUGUAAAAAUACUGUUUAUGUGUAACCUCCAGAAAUCACUGUGGUAGCACAGCAGACCAGACUAUCAAAUAGUUGUAUGUUUAAGGAUGCUGCUUAUCAUGAAAACACUUGAAGGCAUUUUAAUGUUCUGUAUUUUGAAAAUUGGUUACAAAUGAAUCUUCUAGAGCUGUAAUGUGCUUAGAAAUCCCAGUUCAGUAAUACAGGCUUGUCCAGCUUGAAUGUGCUUGAACGCUUUUGUUUAUUGUUAAUGUAAUACAGAGUGGGUUUCUUCAUUUCCUUCAUACAGUGGUUCAUGGUAUGAGCAGUAAAACCCCUGAUGUCCUGUUCUCUAAACAUACAUUUUUUUUCCUUGAUUUUACUUGGAGCUCUCUGCAUGGCAGGGCAGGAUGGGGGUCAAGUCCCUGCCACGUUUAACUGCUCAGUCUUGUUUGCUGAAGGAGAAAGCCACAACUGGUCUCUCAGUUGAAAAAAUCAAAGUGAAACUGAGCUCCAUGGGUAGCAACACCCCUACACUAAAAACAAAGACCUGUGGAACUGGGAAUGCAGGAGCAGUAACACUGCUUCAAGUCUUGCUUAAGUUGCUGAACUGGGAUUUUCAUUCACAGAAGCUUUAGCUGUAGAACGGGGUGGAAAUAACACCAAGUAACUUGCAGAAUACAGGAAUGGGGUUUGCUCCUAGCUUACCCCAAAGAAUAGAUACACACUGAAGAAGUGAUUAAUUAAUUAAUUAAUUAAUUAAGGCCUUGGUGAUCACCUAAAUGCUUGUCUUGGUGGUGGGAACCAAGAACAUUCUAUACUACAAAGUGUGUGAAUGUCUGAGCUUGCAUGUGUGGAAAGACAAUGAAUUCUUAAAUGAGGAAAGCAAGGCAUUUGGGGUAAAAAGGGAAUCUUGGGGGUUUUUUACUUGCCUUCACUCCUCAGGAAAAUAAACAUGGUUUGGUUUGAUGAACUGGCUGGUUCUAUCUAUAUCUGGCUGGUGUGUUCCUCACCUCUUCCUACUCCCAUGCAAAUAACUUAUGGCCUGUUGUAAAAAGAAGCUGAGGUACUAAACAUGAAGGGACAAUUGAGUUGCUCAGUCUUGACAACCCCAAAGGCCCAGAAUAUUGAAUCUCAUUCCCCCCUUCUGAGACAAUAAGAUGGUCAUUUAAGAUCAGGAGAGAUCUGAGGAUGUACAUUUUUGGGGUACUAAUAUUUAGGUCAGUGUGAGCUGGAUCCUGACAACCAGUGGUAUCUGCACUGCUGGUUCGGGUCGGGAGGACUGGAUUUGUCAGCUGGCACAACUAACACUGUGACAUGUCCUGCAUGUGUCCUGUGCAGUUUGUGUGAAGGAUGCCGGGGGAAUCACUUUGCUUUUUUAAGUUUUGCCAUCUUUGUGGCUUUAAUAACUACACAUUUGAAUAGCAGAUGAAAUCUCUACAGAAUAUUAUUAUACUUAAGACUUCUUGUUUUCUGCCUUGCAGUUUAAUUAUGUCAGAACAAUGGCUUGGGAACAACCUAUGAAAAUAUUUUUUUCUUUUUGUCCCUUUUCUCAUUCUUCUGUGUUUCUGGAUGUUCUGUACAGCAAAGAAGGCAUGGUAUUUAUUUUAUGAGUAACAAGAGAUGAAGGCUUGCUUUUCCUUUCUGAGGAUUUUUCUGCCCAUAGUUGAACCUUCUUAAUCUGUUUGUGGUUUGUUUUGCUUUAUGGUGUUUCAACUUUGCCUCGAGGGAGACAACCUACAUCCUUCCUAACCAAGGUUUGCCUUGGCGCUAGUGUGAAUUUUGACCAAGUAAAUAGUACAAGAAUUAAAUUUCUCUUUGUAGGUUAAAGCAAUCAUGGCUAGGCUUCGUGAACGAAGAAGGAGAAAUGACAAGUCAUUUCACUCCUAAUAAUGUAUGAAAUUUGUGAAUCUGAGGUUGCAGGAGGGAAGAGGAAUACCAGAGUGUAAAAAAGUUCAUUUUAAAAGCAAAUCACCUUUGGCAAACUUCUGCAGCUUAAUGGACAGGUCGUACACCUUGCAGGCAUAAAUACUGGGCUUUAUUCUUGUGCUGUCAGAUUUUCCUUGCUCUUUCUUUGGGAGAGAGGUUGGGGCUCCAGGCCAUAUAGUCCUAGUUACUGUCUUGCUCUUGAGAGGAUUUGGCUUACAGCACUGCUUUUUUUUUUUUUUGAGGAAUUUGCCUGGCAAUGACACCAGUUUUGGGGAUCGGUGAAAUUUUACAGCCUUUCCUGGUGCUGCAUCUCCUCCCUGGUUCUAGGUGGUUUUCAAGUGAAAGCUUUCUGCUGCAUAUUUCUUGUAAAGUUUUGGUGUUCUUGAUGUGGAAAGUAUCAUAGGAAAAAGCAGAAGUCGACCACAUAAAAUGCUACCAGACCUGGAUGGGGAAGCAAAAUAAGAAUUUUGCUCUUCUAUCCCCUUUUUCAGCUCUGGUAGCUCUAGGUUGCAAGGAGCAAGAGCUCUAUCCAAGGUGAGAGCUGCCUGGGUUUUUCCCUUCAGGUUAUUGCAGGUUUUGAAUUGUAGGGCUGAAGUUUGAGACAAGUGCUUAUCCUGGUACAGAAUUAAGUAUGCCAUAGCUCCAGGCUAAGACAUUCCUGCUGUGAGUGGGAACAGCUGACCUCAUGCUCUGACCUCCACAGGAUCUAAGUGGAUUUAUUCAUGUGUUUAAAGUCAGCAUAUGCUUCUGUACAUCGCUAAGCCACAGCCUUGGUGACAAACAACUCCAGAUUAAUUAUAUAACAAGGGUGAUUGCUUUAAGUUAAGGGUGAAUAAUACCACUUCACUCAGGAUCUCCAAACUGCUACUAUGCAAGGUGCUGGCACGGUGUGAAAAUAACUGGGAAGGUUGGAUCUGGAGUCUUUCCAGUACUAUAACUCUGUAUUUCCCAAUAAUGUAUUCUGCUCUGAUAUUCCGGGGAGUAGUGGUGUUAAAACAUUUUUUUUUCAAGCAUCAAGUUGUGAUAGUCACUUCUUCUGUGGUGUUUGUUUUGGUUUUUUUUCUCUGUGUACACAAAUUUAAGUUGGUGCAAUUAAGAAAUAUACGAUGUACAGAUUUAUUAUAUCAUUAAAAAAAAAACUGAGAAGAGGAUUUUUUAAAAGAAGUAACUGCUGCUGUACAUAAAAUAAAAGCCUAUUGUCUCUG